AUGCAGACCACCGACGACGAAUUCAGUGCCCUCAAGUGCCGCUACGCGAGCAAACGCUGCUGGAACCUGCGCGCGAUCAAACGCAAUGGCGAGCGCCACAACCUCUGCGAGAUGCACCGCCAGAAGGCCAACUCCAACCAGCGCCGCCUCGACAAGAAGCGCAAAGCGGGCCAAGCGCCGCUCGGGCUGCCCGCGCACCUAUCGCCCCACGCAACGGGCGCUGACCUCGAGCGCCGCAUGCGCAUGCGCGCGUCCAUUGCGCUCAAACUCGAGCGCGAGCUCGGGGCGCUGCCGCUCACGACGCAGUACAUCCGACCGCCUCCUCGGGCCACUGCGGCGCUCGCUGAGCUGCCCGUCCCGCACCGCCACGGGGCGUUCCGUAGCAGCAUUGACGCGUGGCGCGAGUCGGCGCGGUGGCUGGACGCCGCGUACCCGCGAAGCCCUCGGGCGAUGCUCCGCGCCGCUGCAAUGGCAAAGGCGACACCAGCGGAUGUCGCUCCGGACUCGCGCAAGUGGACGGGUCAUCGUCGCACGGUGUUGGGGGGCAGUCCCUCUUCCAAGACAGUUGCAGCAGUGAUUGCCCCUCGCGAGGCGGGUCCGUCGAUGCUUUUGCCGUCUAUCGCGACGGCCGUUGCGCGGUCGAGCGAAGGACUGAAGAGGCCGUCGUCGAUGCUACAGCGCGCGUGGCAGCCAGAGGGGAUCCGACGGACGCCGGCGCUCGUGGCGCGUGCCAACAUGUAG